AUGCAUUUCCUAGUAACCGCUCGCUACCUCGUUUUUGCGGCCUUCAUUAUCUGUAAUGCUAUCUUGGCCUCUGCGGCGGUUUGGAAUCAGAGCUUGGUGCCUUCUUCAGCCCGAAUAUCACAUCUCGACAUCUACUUGACGACAGUGGGGGCUCUGGGAUUGUUUUUAACUUUCUCAAUAAUCUUCGUUGAGUUGAUUAGAAAAAAUGCGCCAACAUCUCGAGUUUACUUCGAGAUAACUUGGUGCAUGGUGUUUUUCGUGAUGGAUCUAGCCGCCGCCGCCGCCCUGACGGCAGUGGGUCCAGCGGACAUGUGCUCAAAUGGAGAGACGCAUCCCGUCGGCGGCUGUACCUCGGUCAGGGUUUUAUUGGGCUUCACUUGGCUUUGCACUUUCAUUUUACUAAUCUAUUUGGUGCUUCUACUCUUACUCACUUAUAUCAACCGCAACAACGAGUCUAUUCCCAAGAUCUGGCAGUGCCCCAUCCACAACUUUCCCCCGCUGAAUUUGUCACGGCCACCUUCGAUCACCUUGCCUCGUUUUACACCAAAUGAAAUGGCACAAGCUGUAGUUGUUACCCCUCGAAGACCUCCCACUGCCCCGGGGCUCCAAUCUUUUGGACUUGAUGCACAAUACCAAAUUGAACACUUUCAUCCACCAGAAUCGCCUCCGAGUUCUCCCGUCAGCCCUGUUGCAUCACCCGCAGAUCCUCUCCAUCGGAACCCAAGCUCUGCAGGCAAUGCCCAAGCUGCCGUUGCGCUAUACCCACGUUUCAUUAGCUCAGCAUAUGUACCAUCAGACCCUCCUCAACCUAUCGGACCCAGAGCACAAUCACCCCCACCAUUGGGUGACUGGCCCCGUACUCAUCCACCUCUCCGUAUAAAACGGAAACCCGUGGAUAGAGCGGUGUCCCCUACUCGACCAAUCGGACCCAGGACAAGGUCGCGUCCUUUACCGCCAGAUCCCAACCGAGAGCAAGAGAAUUUGUAA